UGGUAUCCACUCGUCGCCGUCGGUUAGAAAUCAGCAGUCGCUUUUAGGUUACGCGCGACAGUAUACUUCUUACGUACAUGUACAUAUUGUAAUUGAUUUGUAAUAUUAUUAUAUUUUAUAUCGGUCACGUCACGUAAACGCAAAAGCCCGUUGUUCGUAAUUGUAGUGUAACAAAACGGUGAACGCAUUAUUUACCGACCGCAGCCAUGUACGCUUUGCAGACAGUCGGCAGCACGACCAGCUCCGUCAAAGAUGACACGGAGGUCUUAGAUUUGGACGACGUCGGUAACUCCAUAGUCGAGCAAAUCAUCACCAACAGUAACGCCGUCAAACGCACGGGGAACAUAACGGCAAAUGGCUAUCAAUCGUCUCAAACUCAUCCAGCGAUACAUAAUUAUGAGCAAAACGUCAAAAAAUACAGCACUGGUUUGUGUUUUUGGACGAUAUUUCAAGCUGUCGGACUUACAUGCGUUGCCACGAUUAUUUGCCGAUCUAUCAUAUAUCAACACGGAUAUUUUGAGGUGUCUCCUCACAGUAACUCGACGUCGAUCACUAAAAACCAAUUUUCCAAUUGGCAUUAUUCGCUUAGCACAAUUGGAUUCAUAUACCUCUAUGCUAACUCGAUUUUCAUGAUAAAAUCUCACAAAUCCAAAGUGUCGUUACCGUACGUGAUGUUGCACACGUUCGCGUACCUCGUGUCGGCCUUGGGGCUGUGCGCCAUGUAUGUGCACAAAGAAGCGGGCAAACCCGAGGGUAGUGCAUUCUACGAGGGCCAUUUAUACUCGAUACACUCUUGGACCGGUAUAUUGGCGGCCGCCAUGUUCACGGUCCAAUGGCUGACUGCCGGCGCCACGUUCAUGAUGCCAUGUCUGCACAGCAUAGGGUUACCGCUGGGAAAGAUGUUCAGCCUGUACACUACCAUCAUGUCAACCAUCGCCCUGAUUGCCGGACUCAACCAACACGCCAUUAAGACGUUAGCAAUGAAUUACAAAACGUAUUCAAUUGAAUCAUUAGUUUUGAACGGUUUUGGAUUACUCGUAAUAAUAUUUUUAUUUUUAAUUGGUUAUAUGGUUAUAAAACCUUAUAGAAAUUAAAUGUUUUAAUUUAUU